GCAGCCCACAUCACAUUCUAGCCAGCUCAUUCCCAUAAAUCGAUAAUAUAAACAUAUAGUCCUUGAAGAAGAUACAAUACAAUAAUCGCAUCUUUCUUUUGCCUCGUUGAUAUCUAUACAAUUAGUGACAGUAUAUCUAUCUUAAGCCCACCUGUUCAAGUCGAACUUCUCGGACAUUCAAUUACGCGAAGCCGACAGCAAGUCGCGAUAACCAUCGUUGAACAAGCCAGCAACUUUUUGUGCCAGUACGAGCGGAAGCGGGAACGAUUUUUACCAAUCGUCCAUUCAACGCAAUACUCAAUUCUCUUCUGUGAUUCCGGCCAACCCGAUUGCUAUCGACAUGGACCUUCAGGAUAUUCAAUCGUACAUGGUCUCGUCCAUGAACGAGAUCACAUCGACCUUUCAAAAGGUGCCUGGCUCUGCCAUGCUCAUCCGCUAUAUUCAAUCGAGCUAUCAGGAUGAUCCAGUCAGAUCUGUUAUUGAAUUGGUUCUGGUUAUCUUCUUCAUUAGAUAUUUGUUGGCACCGAGUUAUGUGACGCAUAACAAUAACUUUGUCCAGUUGACGGAGGAGGAAAUCGAUGACUUGGUGGACGAGUGGCAGCCAGAGCCAUUGGUUGCAAAAAUGACUCCUUUCGAAGAAGCAGACAGCGAGAAAACGCCCAUCAUCGUAGGGCCAUCAGGACCAAAAUCAAAGCUGUCAAAUGGCCGAACGGUAACGAAUCUCGCAUCUUAUAACUUCUACAAUUUCGUUGGCAACGAGCAAGUCAAAGAAAAGGCCAUCCAAACUCUCCGAACUUAUGGUGUAGGACCUUGCGGACCCCCUCAAUUCUACGGCACUCAAGAUGUACACAUGAAGACCGAAGCGGAUAUUGCAUCAUGUUUGGGAACAGAAGGAUGCAUUGUGUAUGCUCAUGCAUUUUCCACUAUUUCGAGUGUGAUUCCAGCAUUUUGCAAAAGGGGGGACAUUAUUGUGGCGGAUCGAGCAAGCAAUUACUCGAUCAGGAAAGGUCUGCAGAUUUCUAGAAGUACAGUCAAGUAUUUUGAACACAACAAUAUGGAAGAUUUGGAAAGGGUAUUGCAGAAGGUGGUUAAGGAACAAGCCAAGAGACCGUUGACCAGAAGAUUUAUUGUUACAGAGGGAUUGUCAGAAACUGUUGGUGAUUGCGUGGACUUGCCCAAGCUGAUUGAACUCAAACGUCGUUACAAAUUCCGCCUGAUGUUGGAUGAGACAUGGUCUUUUGGAGUUCUUGGUAGAACUGGUCGCGGUCUUACGGAAGCACAGAAUGUGGAUGCAUCACAAAUUGAUAUGUUGAUCGGAUCAUUGGCUGGACCUCUCUGUGCUGGAGGUGGAUUCUGCGCAGGCUCAAACGAUGUGGUAGAACAUCAGCGUAUCACUGCUGCUUCCUACACUUUCUCCGCGGCCUUACCAGCUAUGUUGGCUACUACCGCUAGUGAAACGCUCAACAUGCUACAAACUAAUCCUGAGGUUUUGGUACAAUGUAGAGAAAAUAUCAAGGCAAUGAGGGCUCAGCUUGAUCCAAGGAGUGAUUGGGUUCACUGCACCAGUGCCGUUGAAAACCCGGUGAUGCUCCUUGUUCUCAAGCAAGACAUAGUCAAUUCCAGACGUCUAAGUAUCGAGGAACAAGAACGUAUCAUGCAAGAAUGUGUUGACGAGACACUCGCCAAUGGAGUCAUGAUCACUAGACUUAAGAGUAUGCCAGUCUACUCGGGUAGCAAUGGCAAAGAUGAAGAGUGGAAAUUACAACCAGCACUCAAAGUAUGCAUUACGACAGGACUCUCGAAAAAGGAGAUUGAGAAGGCUGGUGUCGUUAUCCGACAUGCUAUUACGAAAGUCUUGACUAGAAAGGCGAGUAGUAAGUUGGCUUUGCCACUGGCCUAAAUUGCAUGUGUCUCCAGCUGCAUCUUUCGUAGCGGGGUGUCUCUUUUUACAUGAUAGAUGAUGGAUGAUAGAUGAAUAAGGGUUGGGAGAACGGGAUGUGAAGGGGCUGGAAGAGCUGUAAUGUAUAAUAAUGGGGUAUGUGUAUUUGAUGAGUAUACAGAUAUAUAAAAAGUAGAAGUUACGAAUGAAUAUUUUCACAUGGCCAUUUUCAUGGUACUGCGCAUUUCAAGGGUGAUUAUUUUCUACCGAGGAAUGAGAUUGUUCGUA